GCAAGCAGUGUUCUUGUUGCCCUAGCAGCAACCUCUGCUGGCUCCUCUCCCUUCACAGAACUAGAGCUGAGAGCACCGCAGCUACUGUCAAGCCCCAGGAUUGAGGAUGGCUGUCCCUGACGCUUCUUCCAAGUGGCUGGACAGGGAGCUGUACUCCAGGCAGCUCCCUGUGCUGGGUCUACCUGCCAUGCAGAGAAUUCGAGAAGCCAAGGUCCUGCUGUCAGGUCUGCAGGGCCUGGGGGCUGAGGUGGCCAAGAACCUGGUCCUGAUGGGUGUGGGCAGCCUUACCUUGCACGAUCCCCAUCCUACCUGCUGGUCUGACCUGGCUGCUCAGUUUUUUCUCUCAGAAAAGGAUUUGGGAAAGAGCAGGGCUGAGGCCUCUCAGAAACGCUUAGCUCAACUCAAUGAAGCUGUCCAGGUCUUCAUCCACAGAAGUGACAUCACUGAGGACCUACUGCGAAAGUUCCAGGUUGUAGUGCUGACUGCCUCGACACUGGAGGAACAGCUGAUGGUGGGUGACUUUUGCCACAAACAUGGAAUCUGCUUUAUAGUGACUGACACCCGGGGCCUUGUGGGGCAGUUGUUCUGUGACUUUGGUGAGGAAUUCAUAGUACAUGAUCCUACAGAGGUGGAACCCCUGACAGCUGGCAUCCAGCACAUCACCCAGGGCUUCCCUGGCAUCCUCACUGUGAGAAGAGAGGACAAGGAACACUCUUUCAGUGAUGGGGACUUGGUGACUUUCUCAGGCAUCAAAGGCAUGGUUGAGCUCAAUGGAUGUUCUCCCCGACCCAUCCGUGUGCAGAAGGAUCAGUCCUUGGAGAUCGGGGACACAUCAACUUUUUCCCCUUACUUACAUGGUGGGGCUGUCAUUGAAGUCAAGAGACCUGAGACUGUGAGACAUAAGCCCCUGGACAGAGCCCUGCUCCAGCCCUGUGUCGUGGCUCCAAGGGCCCAGGAAGUCCGUCGUGCCCACUGUCUGCAUCAAGCCUUUCGUGCACUACACAAGUUCCAGCACCUCUACGGUCGGCCGCUGCAGCCCUGGGAUCCUGUUGAUGCAGAGAUCAUGGUAACCCUUGCUCAGAACCUGGGACCACUGAAUGGGGUAGAAGAGCCACUGGAUGAGGCACUACUGCGGACAGUGGCUCUGAGUAGUACUGGUGUCCUGAGCCCCAUGGCAGCCAUUCUGGGAGGAGUGGCUGCCCAGGAAGUCUUGAAGGCAAUCUCCAAAAAGUUCAUGCCCCUGGACCAGUGGCUAUACUUUGAUGCCCUUGACUGUCUUCCAGAAGAUGAAGAACUCCUUCCCAGUCCUAAGGACUGUGCCUUGAAAGACUGUCGCUAUGAUGGGCAAAUUGCAGUGUUUGGGGCUGGUUUUCAGGAGACACUGAGUUGCCAGCGCUACCUCCUGGUGGGUGCUGGUGCCAUUGGCUGUGAGCUGCUCAAAGGCUUUGCCCUAGUGGGCCUGGGAGCUGGAGCUAGUGGAGGUGUGACUGUUGUAGACAUGGACCACAUUGAGCACUCCAACCUCAGUCGUCAGUUCCUCUUCAGGCAACAAGACAUUGGCAAACCCAAGGCAGAGGUAGCUGCAGCAGCUACCCAAGAUCUGAACCCAGACAUACAGGUGACUGUGCACACACAAGUCCUAGAUCAUACCACAGAAAACAUCUAUGAUGACAACUUCUUCUCCUGUGUAGAUGGUGUGGUUGCUGCCGUGGACAGUUUUGAGGCUCGGCACUACCUGGCUGCUCGCUGCGUCCACUACCUGAAGCCAAUGCUAGAGGCAGGCACAGAGGGCACAAAGGGCAGUGCUUCAGUGUUUGUGCCACAUGUGACUGAGGUUUAUAAAGGCCCUGCCUCAGAUGAGGAUUCUGAGGAUGCCCCCACCCUCGUCUGCACCAUGCGGUUCUUCCCUAGCACAUACAAACAUAGUCUGCAGUGGGCUUGGAAUGAAUUUGAGGGACUCUUCCAACUACCCGCAGAGACCAUCAACCGCUACCAACACAGGGCAUCCACUUCCCUGACAGAUGUGGAUGAGCCACAGAUGCUGACCUCACUACAGGUGGUACGGGGUGUCCUACAAGUGCGCCCACAGAGCUGGCAAGAUUGUGUUGUGUGGGCCCUUGGCCACUGGAAACUACGCUUCUAUGAUGACAUCGUACAGCUGCGGAGGCUCUUCCCACCUGAUAAAGUGCUUGAGGAUGGAACUCCAUUCUGGUCAGGUCCCAAACGAUGUCCCCAGCCCCUGAAAUUUGACAUCAUGCAAGACAUGCACCUCCUCUACAUAAUGGCAGCUGCCAACCUGUAUGCCCAGAUGCAUGAGCUGCCUGGAUCAUCAGAUCAGACUGCACUCAGGGAGCUGCUGAAGAUCCUGCUACAGACUGACUCCCCGCAUCUGGCCCCCACCUUCAUUAAGGAACUAUCUGAAUCUGAUGAGACUCCUGGUCCUGUCCCCAUCCUGUCACUUGAAGGCCCUGAACAGUUAAAAGAACUGCAAGAAUUCCUGAAAGUCUGGAGCAAAGGCCCUGCCCUGAAGCCCCUGGUGUUUGAAAAGGACGAAUGUGACAACUUCCGCAUAGACUUUGUGAGAGCAGCAGCUAGCCUGAGGUGUCAGAACUAUGGAAUCUCAGAACCAGUAGACUAUGCUCAGAGCAAGAGAACUGUGAGCCAGAUCAUCCCAGCCAUUGCCACCACGACAGCAGCAGUGGCCGGCCUGCUGGGCCUAGAGCUAUAUAAACUGGUGAGCAGGCCACGACCUGUUGCCUUUCGUCAUACCUACCUGGACCUGGCUAAAAACUACAUCCAACGUUCAGUACCUUCUGCUCCAGCCAUCCAGAAGUUCCAUCAGCUACAGUGGACCAAAUGGGAUUGCUUGAAGGUGCCUGCUGGGCAGCCUGAGAGGACACUGGAGUCACUGCUGACCCAUCUCCAGGAACAAUAUGGCCUGAAAGUGAAGAUGCUGCUAUGUGGCCAUGCCCAGCUCUAUUCAGCCCAGGAGUCCCCUGAAAAUCAGGCCCAGUACUUGCCCCUCAGGGUGACAGAACUGGUUCAGCAGGUGACAGACUGGGUGCCUAAAUCUGGACAGCGGGUGCUGGUGCUGGAGCUGAGCUGUGAGGGUGAGGAGGACAACACUGCCUUCCCACCUCUGCACUAUGAGCUGUGCUGAGGCACUGUUAUACUCGGCUUCAUGCAGCCCUGAAUCCACAGUCACUCAAUAAAAUUUGUUGAAGGAAGCCAUGAGUGAAGAU